CCGCGCACUGGCCCCUCUGAGCAUAGCCUGACGCCGCAGAGACGAGGUGCGCGCGCCGUCUAAAGCCUCCACCACCUUCACCACCACCACCACCACCACCACCGCUCCACCACCACCCCCAGCCACAAGACCAAAAUGGAGAAGUCCACGAGAAGCUGUCUUUUCUUCCUCUUUGUUUCCUCCACCUUCCUCGCCCUGCUCCUGCCACGGGGGUGUGAGGGCGGCCCUGUGUGCGCGUCGCUGAACGAGGUGAUGCCGGAGGAGCUGCCCAACUGCAGACACGGCGUGGUCAUGGACUGGUGCGGCAACGCCAGGUGUGCUAAGGGCCCGGGCCAGACCUGUGGAGGCCGCUGGAACGAGAACGGCUCCUGCGGCAAGGGCAUGUACUGCGUCUGCGGGUACUGCGCCGGCUGCUCCAGGGACCUUGAGUGUGCCCUUGGGAGGUUCUGCUAAGGGCUCGAUCUCGUCCUCCGCCCUGACCUCCACCUCCACCUCGUCCUCGUCUUGCUGAUGCUCCUCGUCCUCGUCUGUUCUCGUCUAUGAUCUCGUUUUCGUCCUUCUUAUGAUCUUGUUUUUGUUGGUUAAUUUUUGUUUUGUUUUUGUUUUCUUGAUCAUGUGCUUUUUGCUGGGGUUUUUUUCUUAAUUUCUUGUUUUUUUUUGUCUUUGUGUUCUUGUUUGUUUGUUUUGCUUCUUGCUUUCUUGUUUAUGUGUUUUUGUUUUUGUCUCGUUUUUCUUCUGGUGUUUUUAUGUCUUGUUUUGUUUCUUUAUUUCUUGUUCCUCGUUCUCCUGGUUUUCUUUUUUUCUUGUUUUGUUUCCUUAUUCCUCGUUCUCGUUCUCGUUCUCUUCCUUACGCACCUCGUCCUCGUCUCUCGGUUAUCCUUUCCUCGUCGUCUUCAUCGUUUUAAUCCUCAUCGUCCUCUUCCUCGUCCUCAACCAAUUCAUGGGUGCUUGGUGGCGCAGCUGUGAACGGUUGAGACUCCUGAUCCAGUGUUCGAGACCCCGUGGCUUCGUCCGUGUCCUUGGUGGUGCUGGUGUUCCUUUGGUCAAGUGUUUGUGUGUUCGUACGUGUCCUUCAUCAGGGUGCUUGGUGGCUCAACGGUACACAUAUGACCCUUGAUCUGGAGGUACGGGGUUCGAUAAUUGCCCUUUCUUAACUUUGGUGGUGCAACUGCAUGACCUUUGACCCCUGAUCCGGUGGUACAGGGUUCGUUUCCUCCUCUUUCUUGACCUCGUUUCCUGAUGGGGCAGCUGUAUGACCUAUGACCCCUUUGGUACAGUGGUCAGGGUGCUCGUUUCUGACCUUUCUUGACCUUUGUGUUCGGUGGUGCAGUGGUGCGACACGUGUUCCGGUGGUCAUGUGUUCGAACCCGUUUUCAUUUGGGUGCUGCUCGGUGGGGGAGGUAACACUCGUUUGUUUUCUGUAACUUGUCUUCUUAUAUAUAAAAAAAAGUGUGGUGUGGUCUCUCUCUCUCUCUCUCUCUCUCUCUCUCUCUCUCUCUCUCUCUCUCUCUCUCUCUCUCUCUCUCUCUCUCUCUCUCUCUCUCUCUCUCUCCUGCGUAGCUCAAGAGGAUUGCCAUAUCAUGUUUUUGUUUUCUUUUUCUUUUUCUUGCUUUUUUCUUCUUCUAUUUCUUGUCUUCUUUGUUUUGGUGAGUUUUUUUUCAUCUUUCUUCGUUUUCUUUCUUUUUCGCUCUUUUUUCUUUAACUUUUUUUUUAGUUUUUCAUUUCCUCUUUUUACUCAUUUUCUUCGUUCUUCUUUUCAUUCUUGUUUAUUGUCUUUAUUUUUUUUCAUCAUUAUUCUUGUUACUGCCAUUGUGUUUCUUGAAUGUCUUUUCCUUCCCUUUCUUUUUUAUAUUCCUUCCUUUAUCUCCUCCUCCUCCUCCUCUUCCUCCUCUUCCUCCUACACAUUCGUCUCUGCUUGUGGUAUUUAUAAGUUUCCUGGUUUCUUUUCUUUCUUUUUUUUCUACUGAUUCUGUGCGUGGGUUUCAUCAAAGUUGUCUUCCAAUUAGUUUUCUUUUUUUCUUCGUGUGUUUCUGAGUCUUCUUGUUUUCCUUCAAAUCCUCUUUUUCCCCACAAACUCUUUUCCUCCUUUCAAAUAUUUUCCUCCCGUAAUGAAUGAAGGAAAAGGAACAAAAAAAAAAUUGAUAUCUCACUUUGAUGCUAACGAUACUCUCUCUCUCUCUCUCUCUCUCUCUCUCUCUCUCUCUCUCUCUCUCUCUCUCUCUCUCUCUCUCUCUCUCUCUCUCUCUCUCUCAAAUAGGUCAAAGUGAAUCAGUUUAAGCCAUUUUGUUUCAUCUCUUUGUAAGGUUAAAAGCAACGUCGUAAUUCAUCUUUCCCCCUCUCCUUUUUCCUCCCUCUCUCCCUCCCUUCCCUCCCUUUCUCCCUCUCCCUCUCUAUCUCCAUCUUCUCCCUCCCCUCCCCUUCCCUCUCACACUCACUUUUUUUUUCUCUCUCUCUCUCUGUCUUUCUUUCCCUUGUUUCUCUUCCCUCCUCCUCCUCCUCCUCCUCCUCCUCCUCCUCUUCCCCCCUUUCCUACAUACUUAAUUCUCACCCCCCACAAUUUAACUUUACCACCCGCAUCUCUCUCUCUCUCUCUCUCUCUCUCUCUCUCUCUCUCUCUCUCUCUCUCUCUCUCUCUCUCUCUCUCGUCACCACGCGAAGAAAUAACAUAAUAUGGUACGGUUUCUUUUUUUCUUCUUUUUUUGUGGAUUUGGCGACACAUAAAUAAAUAAAUAAAUAAAAUGUUUCACUAAAAAGAUAUUACUAUGAUUUGGUUCAACGUUUAGCUCGCGCGCGUGUGUGAAAAUAUAUAAAAAAGGUAAAAAAAAUUAUAUAAGGGUUUCUGAAAAUGUGUGUGAUAGAGUUGGAUGCUAAAUUGGGAAAGCUUGUUAGGAUCGGUUGGAAGCGUCUGUGGGUUUUGUUUUCUUCGUUAUUCUUUUGUUUUGAUUUUCUUGUUUUGCUUUGCGUUUGUGUUCCCGCUUUCCCUGGUCUUUGCUGUGUUGUUCUGCAUUGCGUCUUUCCUCCUCCUCUUCCUCCUCCUCUUCUUCUUCUUAUAUAUAGUUUUAGAGCGGUGUUUUGAGGGAUCUAAGAGUGUUAUUGAAGCCUGUUCUCACGAUGGUCCUUUGGAGAGAGACUGAGAAGGAGAAGAAAGAUUAAAGAAAGAGAGGAAAGAGAGAAAGGAGAAGGAGAAACAGAAGGAGAAAAUAAGAAAGGAGGAGAAGAAAGACCAGAGAAAAAGAAGUUAAGAAGAAAAAGAAAGAUCUGAAGAAGAAGAAAGAAAGAAGAAGGAGAAAAAAAAGACUAGAAGGAGUAGAAAGAAAGAAGAAAAGGAAUAGAAAGAAAAAAAUGAGGAGAAGAAAGACCAGAGAAAGAGAAAAAGAGGUUAGGAAGAAGAAGAAAAUCCGAAGGAGGAGAAAGAAAAAAGGAGAAGGAGAAAAAAAAGCCCAGAAGGAGUAGAAAGGAGAAAGAGGAGAAGAAAAAAAAAGGAGAAGAAAGACCAGAGAAAGGUGAAAAGGGUCAACGCAAUUCUGAUGAAGCUUCACCGGUGACCCGAAACCGUUUCAAAUUAUAUCCGGGGUAAAAAAAUUAAAUAAAAAAAAUUAGACAAAUAAAACGAGAAAAAGACAAAGUGGAAUCCUCUUAAGGUGCGGCGUCACCCUUACUAUUACUAUCAUUAUUAUCAUUACUAUUAUUAUUAUUAUCAUUAUUGUUAUUGUUGUUGUUGUUGCUGUUGUUGUUGUUCUGGCUGCUGCUGCUGCUGCUGCUUUGUGUCGCGCUUUUUGUGAUAAAACUGACUGGUGCUCGCGAGGUCAUGAGGAAGGUAUACGAAAGGCAAUAAUUACAGUGUUAAGAGAGUUUUCAUAAAUAAAUGUUCCGUUUAUA